UUCCGGCCUGGUUGCCGAUCGUGGGACGAAUGUUGCAGCCGCUGUGCUAGAGUCUUUUUGGUAGCUCCCGAAACCCGGCAAAGUGGCCCGGCUUUCUGCUCUUGUAACCGAGAGUAGCUUCUAAGGCGCCUCAAGCCCGGACGGCCUUUCGCAGCGGUGAGGCUGGUGCGUGCUCGCGGCAGAGCUCCUUUGUGGACUGUUCGAUUCCUAGCAGUUUACCUGUCCAAGUCCCUAGUGAAAAUGCAUGUUAAGUCAAUCAUCCUUGAAGGAUUUAAGUCCUAUGCUCAGAGGACUGAAGUCAAUGGUUUUGACCCCCUCUUCAACGCUAUCACUGGUUUAAAUGGUAGUGGGAAAUCCAACAUAUUGGACUCCAUCUGCUUUUUGCUGGGCAUCUCCAACCUGUCUCAGGUUCGGGCUUCUAAUUUACAAGAUUUAGUUUACAAAAAUGGGCAGGCGGGUAUUACCAAAGCCUCAGUGUCAAUCACAUUUGAUAAUUCUGACAAAAAGCAAAGCCCUUUAGGAUUUGAGGUUCAUGAUGAAAUUACAGUAACGAGGCAGGUGGUUAUUGGUGGUAGAAAUAAAUAUUUAAUCAAUGGAGUAAAUGCAAACAAUACCAGAGUACAAGAUCUCUUCUGUUCUGUUGGCCUUAAUGUUAACAACCCUCACUUUCUCAUCAUGCAGGGUCGAAUUACAAAAGUAUUGAAUAUGAAACCUCCAGAGAUUUUGUCCAUGAUAGAAGAAGCAGCUGGAACCAGGAUGUAUGAAUACAAAAAAAUAGCUGCCCAGAAAACUAUAGAAAAAAAAGAAGCUAAGCUGAAAGAAAUUAAGACGAUACUUGAAGAAGAGAUUACUCCAACAAUUCAAAAGCUAAAAGAGGAAAGAUCUUCCUACUUGGAGUACCAAAAAGUAAUGAGGGAAAUAGAACAUUUGAGUCGUUUAUAUAUUGCCUAUCAGUUUUUGCUGGCUGAAGAUACAAAAGAACGCUCAGCUGAGGAAUUAAAAGAAAUGCAAGAUAAAGUUGUAAAGCUUCAAGAAAAAUUGUCUGAGAAUGACAAAAAAAUAAAAGCACUUAGUCGUGAAAUAGAAGAGUUGGAAAAAGGAAAAGAUAAGGAAAUUGGAGGUAGACUUCGAUCUUUAGAAGAUGCGCUUGCAGAAGCUCAGCGAGUUAACACUAAAUCUCAAAGUGCCUUUGAUCUCAAGAAAAAAAAUCUGGCAAGUGAAGAAAACAAACGCAAAGAACUAGAAAAAAAUAUGAUUGAGGAUUCUAGAACUUUAGCAGCAAAGGAAAAAGAGGUUAAAAAGAUAACAGAUGGGCUGAACGCACUUCAAGAAGCAAGUAAUAAAGAUGCUGAAGCUUUGGCCGCCGCACAGCAGCACUUCAAUGCUGUGUCCGCUGGACUGUCGAGUAAUGAAGACGGAGCAGAAGCAACUUUGGCUGGUCAAAUGAUGGCUUGUAAAAAUGACAUAAGUAAAGCUCAGACAGAAGCCAAACAGGCUCAGAUGAAGUUGAAACAUGCCCAACAAGAAUUAAAGACUAAACAGGCUGAAGUUAAGAAGAUGGAUAGUGGCUACAGGAAGGAUCAAGAAGCUUUAGAGGCCGUGAAGAAACUUAAAGAAAAACUUGAAGCUGAAAUGAAAAAGCUAAAUUAUGAAGAAAACAAGGAGGAAGGACUUCUGGAAAAGCGCAGGCAGCUAUCUCGUGAUAUCAGUAGAUUGAAAGAAACAUAUGAAGCUCUCUUAGCCAGAUUUCCUAAUAUUCAAUUUGCCUACAGGGAUCCAGAGAAGAACUGGAAUAGAAAUUGCGUGAAAGGACUUGUGGCUUCUCUGAUUAGUGUGAAAGAUACUUCUGCAACCACAGCUUUAGAAUUGGUGGCCGGGGAACGGCUCUACAAUGUUGUUGUGGACACAGAGGUUACUGGAAAAAAGUUACUAGAAAAGGGGGAAUUGAAACGUCGAUACACUAUAAUUCCACUCAAUAAAAUUUCAGCCAGAUGUAUUGCUCCAGAAACUCUGAGGGUCGCUCAGAAUCUUGUUGGUCCUAACAAUGUUCAUGUGGCUCUUUCCCUGGUUGAAUACAAGCCAGAACUUCAGAAAGCAAUGGAAUUUGUCUUUGGAACAACGUUUGUUUGUAAUAAUAUGGAUAAUGCAAAAAAAGUGGCCUUUGAUAAAAGGAUAAUGACUAGAACUGUAACUCUUGGAGGUGAAAUAUUUGAUCCUCAUGGGACAUUGAGUGGAGGUGCUCGAUCCCAGGCAGCUUCUAUUUUAACCAAGUUUCAAGAACUCAAAGAUGUUCAAGAUGAACUGAGAAUCAAGGAGAAUAAGCUACAGGCUCUAGAUGAGGAAUUAGCAGGUCUUAAAAAUACAGCUGAAAAGUAUCGCCAACUAAAACAGCAGUGGGAGCUGAAAACUGAGGAGGCAGAUUUAUUACAAACCAAGCUCCAGCAAAGCUCGUAUCAUCAGCAACAAGAAGAAUUAGAUGCUCUUAAAAAAAUCAUUGAGGAAAGUGAGGAGACCUUAAAAAACACCAAAGAAAUCCAGAAAAAAGCAGAAGAAAAAUAUGAAGUAUUGGAGAAUAAAAUGAAAAAUGCAGAGGCUGAAAGAGAGCGAGAACUGAAGGAUGCUCAGGAAAAACUGGAUUUUGCCAAAACGAAAGCAGAUGCUUCUAGUAAGAAAAUGAAAGAAAAACAACAGGAAGUUGAAGCUAUCACCCUGGAGCUGGAAGAGCUCAAGAGAGAGCAUGCAUCCUAUAAGCAACAACUUGAAGCUGUAAAUGAAGCUAUCAAAUCCUAUGAAGUACAGAUUGAAGUAAUGGCAGCUGAGGUGGCUAAAAACAAGGAGUCUGUAAAUAAAGCUCAAGAAGAGGUGACCAAGCAAAAAGAAGUGAUAACAGCCCAAGACAAUGUAAUUAAAGCUAAAUAUGCUGAAGUAGCAACACAUAAGGAACAAAACAAUGAUUCUCAGCUUAAAAUUAAGGAACUGGACCACAACAUCAGCAAACAUAAACGGGAAGCUGAAGAUGCUGCUGCAAAGGUCUCUAAAAUGCUGAAAGACUAUGACUGGAUUAAUACAGAGAAACACCUCUUUGGGCAACCUAAUAGUGCCUAUGAUUUCAAAACCAACAACCCCAAAGAAGCUGGUCAGAGACUUCAGAAGUUGCAAGAAAUGAAGGAGAAACUGGGGAGAAAUGUCAACAUGAGAGCUAUGAAUGUUCUGACAGAAGCUGAAGAGCGGUAUAAUGACUUGAUGAAGAAGAAGAGAAUUGUAGAAAAUGACAAAUCCAAAAUCCUUGCAACUAUAGAAGACCUUGACCAGAAGAAAAACCAAGCCCUGAAUAUUGCUUGGCAAAAGGUGAACAAGGACUUUGGGUCUAUUUUUUCUACUCUUUUGCCUGGUGCUAAUGCUAUGCUUGCACCACCAGAGGGGCAAACUGUAUUGGAUGGUCUGGAGUUCAAGGUUGCUUUAGGAAAUACUUGGAAAGAAAACCUAACUGAACUUAGUGGUGGUCAGAGGUCGUUAGUAGCUUUGUCAUUAAUAUUGUCCAUGCUCCUCUUCAAACCUGCUCCAAUUUAUAUCCUGGAUGAGGUGGAUGCAGCCUUGGAUCUCUCUCACACCCAGAAUAUUGGACAGAUGCUGCGUACUCAUUUCACACAUUCCCAGUUCAUUGUGGUGUCACUAAAGGAGGGUAUGUUCAACAAUGCAAAUGUCCUUUUCAAAACCAAGUUUGUGGAUGGUGUUUCUACAGUAACCAGAUUUACUCAAUGCCAAAAUGGAAAGAUUCCGAAGGAAACCACAUCCAAGGCAAAAGGACCCAAAUGACCACAUCUGGAAGUUAAAAGAACAAAUUUACUCCUUCACCUUGACCUAUAUUUUAAACAUAAAGAACUUGGGCUUUACUUAUUUGUGUAAAAAUGUAAUGUUGUUACUUAACCCAUAUCUUCUCUUCCUUUAUGUAAUCACUUAUAAAUACGUAGAUUCCUCUCAAUUAGUUUAACUGUCGUCCAAUUACUGGUGAUUUUGAUUUUAUGCAUGUCCUCAAAUGCUUUUUUAUUACAGAAUUCUUUUAUAUAUAUAUAUAUAUAUAUAUAUAUGGGGGAGCCUGAGAUAACCUGGUUGGUGGUAAAUUCUGUUUGCAAAAUCAAAAAUACAAAGCAACAGAUGAAAUUAGAAGAUAAAUAUAGCUGAUAGUCAGCUUUUAAUUAGUUAAUUCCUACGGUAAUAUUAGUGUGUUUUCUGUUGUUAAGAAAGUAAUUUAGGUGAGGAAGACUUAUAAAAGCAAGUAUCUGGACCAACAGAGGGAACAUAAAAGAAGCUAUUAGGCAUGCACGAGCUGUUUGUGGCUCUUUGAAGGUACAAUGCCAGAGCCCUGAUUUAGACUUGGUGAUUUAGACUUAGCGAUGUUUGGUUAUCAUGUUUCUGUAUGCUUAGUAACUGGUGUGUGCAAUCUUAAGUUUUUAAAGUCUUUACCACUUUUUAAUAGAAGCCUGGGAGAAGGUCUUUUGCAUGCUGCCCUCCACCUUUAUCUGAAGUCUCCUCAUGUUUUCAAAGUCCAAUCAGUAACAAUCUAUUGGUGAAUGAGAAUGUAUUUAUUUUUCCUUCAUUCUGAUACAUUUAUAAAUAGAUCCAUCUGUUUUACCAAAAGAACUCAAAAUUUGUUGAUUAUGUCUUAGUGUCUUCUGCUUUUUAAUUCAAAAGGUUGAAUUUCCUUUAAGAACUCAAAAGAAGCACUACCAAUCACCGUAAGAUUACUGUACAUAGUUCCUGUUAUCUCUAGGUACAUCACCAGAAUAGUGUCUCUAAACUUUGAGUCUUGAAAGCUCUCACAUGAUCUAGUCUGAUCUUGAGUAUGUUAUUUUGCCUCAUAUCCUUCUUGAUACUUGAGUCUUAGUUCCUCUAGUUAUCCUUCACCUAUAUAUGCUUUUAGUUCUUGGCCUUGGCUUUAACAUUUCUCAUCCUUCCUUCUCAUGUCAGAUAACAUCCAGGUAACCGAUAUAAUGGGAAACAUAGGAAAGGAAUGAAUCUGGAAUUAGUUCUUGUCCACUGUGGGAGGAGAGGGAGACAAAGCUAUAAAUGCUGAAUUAUAGGAAGUCUAAUACCACAUGUAAGAGACAGGAGUUUUUUUAAUUUACUCUCAAACGUAUUGCAGACUGUCUGCCCAGACAUUUCUCUCAGUUCACACUUUCAGCAAGGUCACGUACCUGUUGACCACAGCCUAAUCAGCACUAGCUAUUAGUUUCAGUAUUUCUGAUUUGCUAGUUACAAAAUGGUACUUCAUUGCUGUUUGAACUAGGACUUUAUAAAUAACUUGUGGGGUUGAAUAUUUUGCCAUAUGAACUAAUUUCCUUUACUACAAAGUUUGUUUGCUUGCUUCCCUAAUUUUUGUCAUAUGUAAUCUUGCUCUUGGAUGAAAUUCCUCAAACAUUGAAUUUUUGUGUCAUGUUGUUCAUAUUCUUUGAUUAGAAGAAGACAUGAAGGGGAAUCGGAGACAUUUAUUUCUCACAUCCGCAAUAAUAGGAGUAACUAACAUUUACGGAGCUCUUUUAUACAUCAGAUGCUAUUCUCAUUUGCACAUGUUUUCACAUUUUAGGUAGGUACUGUUGAUCAGCAUUAUAUAAUUGAGGAAAUUGAAUUGAGCAGAGAAAUUAAGAAACUUGUCCACAGUGACAGUACAGUUACUUCAAAGCAGAGCCAAGAUACCAAUCUUGGUAGCUGGUCUCCAGAAUAUACAGUAUUUACCCUUCUGACAGUUUGAACAUUUGUGUUUAUCGUACAUAAUAAAUUUAAGACCUAUCUGGAUGAGCAGUAUGCACGAUGUGAGAAAAUUAUUUUAGGAAGAAUGUCAGACAUUUAAAAAGAAUUCCUUUGGUUUGGUUUGUUUGGGCAUUUCAGGUACACUAACAACAGCAAAAGCAAAAAGUCGAGAUUCCCUCUUCUGAUACGGUGAAGUAAUCAAAUAGUCCAUCUGCUUCCACAAUCAUGUCACCUGCAAUUUGGGGCGAGUUUUCUUCCUUUUUGAUUUGUGUGCGUUUUAUUUACUUUUCUUAACUGCGCUGUCUUGAAGUUCCAGCCUCAUGUUGUUUAAGAGUAAUAAUGAGAGCCGGCAUAUUUGCCUUUUCUGUAGAAUUCGGAGGAAAGCAUUCGGUCUUUCACUACCUAAGUAAAAUGUUAGCUAUAGGCUUUUGGUUUAUAUUCUUUAUCAAGGUAAAGACUUUUCCAUCUAUUCCUAGUUUGAUCAGUUUUGUCAUGGAUGGGUUAUUGCAUUUUCAUUGCUUUUUUUUGCAUUGAUGAUACGAUCAUGUAACUAUGUGUUAUGAAUUAUAUUACUUGAUUUUUUAAUAUUACACCUAUUUAAUCUGGUAUUCCUAGAUUAAACCCUGUUUGGCCAUGGUCUAUAAUUUUUUAUGUACAGGUAUACCUUGUUUUUUGAUUUAUGGGAAACUG